CUCAAUACACGUUCACUUUAAACAACCCACGCUGCAGAUUAGGUGGACGAAGCCGUAGCUAGCACUGUGCGCCAAGGGGAGAACUCUCUCUCCCUCCCCGUCACCAGCACAACCUCACUCUUUAUGCAAGGCGCUGCUUGACUGCAGUUCGGACCGCGCUUUGUGCACCUGCAGUAGGAUGGCAACUAGUGAUUAGAGAGCCCGAGACCAAAUCAAGUCUCGGUUUGUCCUCUGUUAGACGAGAGAACGAGAUCAGAGGAACCACAGGCUCUCAAAAAAAGGAAUUGUGUAAUCUGGAUCACUGUUCAGGAUGAUUCUUUCAUGCGUGUCAUUUCAGUUAAUUGUCUGGAGAUGCUGUUGUUUUUAGGAGUGUAGCUUAACGAGACUGCGGGUCUCUCCCUCGACUAACAACCGCAUGGGCACGGCUGUACAAAUCACCUUUAUUAGCGCUUGUUUCUAAUUGGCGUUAUUUUCUUUUGACACCCUCGCUUGGCUAUACUGUGGAAUGAGAGGAAAGGUGUUCAGGGUUUAUGCUUGAUUCCUUUUUAAACGUUGUCAGCGAGUGAAUUAAAGUUAAUAGUGUCCUGCGUUCGAGCUCAGUGGAAUAUUGAUGAGUCAUAACUCAGAUGAGCGCAGUAUCAUUUUGAAGCUUUCCUUAUGAUAAAUGGGCAAUAGUCUAAUCGUUGUGCAACUCACCCACCCGGUAGAAAAUUAAGGCCAUUCUGAAUAUUCAACCUAACAAAAAAAUAGAUGAAGACUGUACUAGCUCACCGUGCUGUGAUUAACUGUAAUCUCCAGUAUGAAAGUAGCCUAUAUUUCUUGUGUUGUUGACAUGUAAUGUUGUCAUCAAUAGAACAAAUCCUCCUCUCCACCAGUUCUCUUCUCUUCUUUGCAGAUGUUGCCUCUUAACACCUUUAAAGGCAAUUACUUUUGCGGCUGUCUGUUGUAGCCGGGCAACGUCAUAGGGUCUAAGCACACAGGAGGCGGAUGCUUUUGCUGAUCUUAGCACCUUUGGAUAUUAAGGGAAGCACCGGCAGUACCUAUUCUUGAUUCGGUACCUCCCCCCGCCUUUUUGUCUAUCGCCAUCCUACGACAACCUGCCGCGAGGAACGGAGACUGGGAGGGGGAGGAGAGGACACACCCGCACACACGGUCCCGCUCUCAACGCCGGCGCGUUGCGGAGGAUGCUGCAGACAACACGAGGAUCUGAUUAAGUGUCCCAAAUUGGAAAUAGAUUUUUCUUCAGCUGGAUCAAAGACAUCGCGGUUAUUAUUGUUACGAGCUGUUCGUCAUUGGAAUCAACUAGCCGGUGUAAUGGGAGCAGCAACGGCAAACGAGCUUUAAAAAAGGUGUCUGUUGGACAGAUCCUAGGUGACAUCCUGUGGCCCUCAGGCCUCUACGGCGUAGAGCCCCCUCCCUCUCCUGCCCCAUAUCCUCUCCUGCCCCCCUCUCCUGCCCCAUAUCCUCUCCUGCCCCCCUCUCCUGCCCCAUAUCCUCUCCUGCCCCCCUCUCCUGCCCCACAUCCUCUCCUGCCCCCCUCUCCUCCCCCACAUCCUCUCCUGCCCCUCUCUCCUCCCCCAAAUCCUCUCCUGCCUCCCUUUCCUCCCCCAUAUACUCUCCUGCCCCCCUCUACUGCCCUCUCUCCUCUCCUGCCCCCUUCCCUCUCUGGCCCCCUACAUCCAGCCCCACUGAGAGGUGCAGGCCUCCCCCUCCUCCCUCUCCAGAAUGACUGUUGCCGCCGGCGACCCCUCUGACGAGGCCGCUGCGCGCCCUGGCCAGGACUACGACCCUGAGGCCGACCAUGAGUGCUGCGAGAGGGUGGUCAUCAACAUCUCCGGCCUUCGCUUCGAAACGCAGCUCAAAACCCUCUCCCAGUUCCCAGAGACCCUCCUGGGGGACCCCAAGAAGAGGAUGAGAUACUUCGACCCACUGAGAAACGAAUACUUCUUCGACAGGAACCGGCCCAGCUUUGACGCGAUACUCUACUACUACCAGUCGGGCGGCAGGUUACGACGGCCCGUCAACGUCACGCUCGACAUCUUCUCCGAAGAAAUCCGCUUCUACGAGCUCGGGGAUGAGGCGAUCGAACUGUUCAGGGAGGACGAGGGAUUUGUCAAGGAAGAGGAACGCCCGCUGCCAGAUAACGAGUUCCAGAGACAGGUGUGGCUUCUGUUUGAAUACCCGGAGAGCUCCGGUCCGGCCAGGAUAAUAGCUAUCAUCUCCGUCAUGGUUAUCCUCAUAUCCAUCGUCAGCUUCUGCCUGGAGACCCUGCCCAUCUUCCGCAACGAUGAGGACGAAGUGCAAAGGGUCUUGAUGCCCGACGGCAACUACACCAUGAUCUACACCUCCACCUACUUCACCGACCCGUUCUUCAUCUUGGAGACGCUCUGCAUCAUCUGGUUCUCCUUUGAGUUCCUGGUGCGGUUCUUUGCCUGCCCGAGCAAGGCAGGCUUUUUCGGGAAUAUCAUGAACAUUAUUGACAUUGUGGCCAUCAUCCCUUACUUCAUCACCCUGGGCACUGAAUUGGCAGAGAAGCCAGAAGAUGGCCCAGCGGGCCAGCAGGCCAUGUCACUGGCCAUCCUCCGAGUCAUCCGUCUGGUGAGAGUCUUCCGUAUCUUCAAACUCUCCCGCCACUCCAAGGGGCUUCAGAUUCUGGGUCAGACCCUGAAAGCCAGCAUGAGAGAGCUGGGCCUGCUCAUCUUCUUCCUCUUCAUAGGGGUGAUCCUGUUCUCAAGUGCGGUUUACUUCGCGGAGGCCGACGAACCAGAGUCCCAGUUUGAAAGCAUCCCGGACGCCUUCUGGUGGGCCGUGGUGUCCAUGACGACAGUGGGCUACGGCGACAUGGUUCCGACCACCAUCGGCGGCAAGAUCGUCGGCUCGCUCUGUGCCAUCGCGGGCGUGCUGACCAUUGCCCUGCCCGUGCCCGUUAUAGUGUCCAACUUCAACUACUUCUACCACCGUGAGACGGAGGGAGAGGAGCAGGCCCAGUACCUGCAAGUCAACGUCCCCAAAGAGGACUCCAACGAGGAGCUCAAGAAGAGCCAGAGCGGCUCGACCAUGAGCAAGUCGGACUACAUGGAGAUCCAGGAAGCUGUGAACAACAGCAACGAAGACUUGCAGGAGGAGAACCUCAAAACGGCCAACUGCACGUUGGCCAACACAAACUACGUCAACAUCACUAAGAUGCUCACAGACGUGUAGCGGCAUGUCUGCCCCCCCCCCCUCAGGGUGAGAUGUGGGGUGGAUAGAUCAGAUGGGAUAGGGGGGAGGCGUUCAGCCUGCCUUCUCAGAUGUGCUGGCAUAUCAAGGCAAUAGAUUCAGGACACACACGCCAAUAUAAGCGAAGAUCUAAAACAAAGACCAUCUGCCCCUCACCUCCCCUCUUCAUCACCUACCACACCUUGCCCUCAAACUCCUAGCACCUUGUCCUGAUCCUGUCAGACAGACUGCAAAUCCAAUUGUUUCAAUUAUCUGCAUGGAGCCGGCUUUAUCUUUGUGACUGUUUCAAAUCAAUACCCUGCUCGAAACAAUAGCCAAACGUCAAGCUAAAAAAAUAUACAAAAAAGGACACAAAAAGAAAUAAAAGACGAGUGACAGAGUAAAAAAAUAUUCAAAAAAGGCAGCCAUCUUUAACUUCCAACUGUCAACAUCCUCCCUGCUGCUGCUUCUUCUGGCUCCGGCUCCUCGGCAACAUGCCUGUCUGCAAGACGCACUGUGCCUCCGCACUCUUCAGACGAGUCUGGCGAGUGCGCUCCGUGAAAAGCUGCUUCUGGAAGCUAGGGAAACCAAACUGUUUCUCAUGGCCGCCAACUGUCACCUGGAGAUGACAGAGCGUGUGUGAGGACCAAGCAAGCAUUCUCUGUUCUGUGGGAGGCUUGGAGAGGGUGUGAGGGUGAGAGCGAACCCAUGUGGUCUAAAGGACGAAUGACAUCCAUCAGCUCCCAGCUCAUGGUUCGACACCUUUUUUUCCAGUAGACAUCGGUAUCUGAUGAACGACUGAGAAUGGCCUUGACUUUUCACUGCUUUUAGUCUCACAUUGUUUAUGUACUGUAUGUGCGAUGCAAGCCUCCCACUCGACUUUACUGCAGAGCUUUCAGGACAAAGUGAAUGUUUUCUCUCCUGUUUGUUUUCACUCAUUUACACUUAGCGGUUCGACUGACCUCGGUAGUUGUGACAUCACAAUGGUAGUCACAUAGGUACGCACUACCUACUGUACGUAGGUAGCAACUUUGCAUGUAGCUCUUAUCCGAAUAAGAAUUUCACUCACAACUCUUAAUUGCUUCAGCACACUACUCUAUAUGUGUCUGUAUGAUAGCCCUUGUUGCAAUUUUCCAUCUCAUGAAGGGAUUCCUCGUUUAUAACGAGGUUCUCCGGCAUAGUGACAGAAUAACUGGCAAAGAUGAACAUCCCGAAUCCUCUGUGACGGGAAUAUACAGGAACAUAUGUCCUCCUCGGCUUUACCGAUUCUACUCAAACGUAGCAUUCCCAAUAGCGGUUGAUGUCACCGUCGUCAUCGUCCUGGUUAGCAGUGUAGCUUAAGUGUCUCGGAACCUCACCUUAGAAUACGGUUGUGUUUUCAGACCCGAAACAUCAUCCUCAGACUGAGUUCCAGUCCGUUUGGCCUAGCGGUAGAAACAGACAGGGGUUCAAAGCUUGUUUAUUGGUACGCCGGACGAUGUACGCGUCGAGCAGCUCGUGUUCAUGUAGCUCGGUAGCUGAGCUCUGCUUUUAGACCAGUGCAUUAGUGGAUUACAGACUGACACUGUUGAAAGGGGUUGAAGCAUCAAUCUCGCUCUCUGAUGGUGUAGCAUUGCCAGGCCGUCCUUGUUAGUCGGACUCAAAGUGCCCUCAAGACUACGCAUUGGUGUGAUGUGAGGGAUGUUUAUACGGUGUGAGAUCAAUCCAAGGAUUUGCCUCUUGUCUGCACCAAUCUCAGUAGAACAAGUCUUACUUUAUGAGGAUACAGAGUUUUAAUUAGUUGUUGUUUUCCCAGUAUUGUUUUCUGUGUUUCUCUGUAUUCGUUCACUUUGAUCAUGGUAGGACAGUGGUGGAGGUCGGGUCAUCAUGUGCUUGGCAGUCAUCCCAACCUGCAAAAACUCAUUUCAGGGAGGUAACUGCGCAACCCCCCCACGACUAAGACACUAUUUUUGUAUGUAAUCCUAGUGAAUUAAUUUAUCAAAAUACCCAGUACAAUACUAGCUAAAAGACAAUGAAUCAUAUGAUAUAGCAUUCUGAUAAAGUACAACUUGUGGCACUGAUUGUGAUUGAUGUAGACAAAUGGUAAAUCUUUUGAACCCUCGGUGGACCCUGAGGAGAAGUAUAAGGCCGAUCUUUCUUGGCGCUGCAUGACCUCCCUGCGUUUCUAAAAGCAUGCAUUUAAGUUCAAAGAAGCCUCUGAAAAAAAAGUAAACGUUCCAUUGAUAAUUAGCCUAUAAGAUGUAUAUUUAUAUAUACAAAUAUAUACAACUAUACAUAAUACUUUUAAUCUGUGACAAAAAGCAAUCUUUGAAGUGUGAAAAAGAAAGAGUAAGUCUUGAGAUGGUACGCAGACCAUUGCGGUGUUUGAUUGUGAAACGAAAAACGGCCAUUGUGUUGGUAGUGUGGUCACAUCCAGGUAUGAUUGGUGGGACAGAGUGCCAAAGACAUAGCCAUCUUAUAGUAAUACAAACACUAGCCUAUAAAAAACACUCCAGCCUUCACGUUUAAAACAGUAGCCAUCACAAAUAAAAUACCGGUUAUCACAUCCAAAACACUGACCAUCAGAUCGAUGGUGUUUUCUCUCUGUAUCUGUCUCCUUUUGACCGUUCUCUCAGCAAUCCUGGCAUUAGCGUCGUUAGCGGUAGCAUAGUUAGCGUAGUUAUCGUUAGCAUGGUUAGUGUUAGCAUAGAUAGCGUUAGCUCAGCUAGCAUUUUUAAGGAAAAUGGCUGCCAUUUUAACACCUCUGUAAUGUAGCAGCUGUGCAUGGUCUGUGACAUGCACCUGACACAUAUCCCUUCUCCAUCUGAAGGGCCUGUAGAAAGCAGCAGCAUCUUAUAAGGUUGAUAGGAUCACUAACCCCUGGGUGUAGAUAGGUAGAUGCUGGACUGCCAGGAUCCAUUUAGAUUUGUCUGUCAGUUGAGUCAUCGGGUUAGACAAGCCCAGGUAGUUGGCCAAGGCUAGCCAAGUCCAGACUACCCUAGCCAAAACAAGACCCAAGCGAAAAAAUAUUAUACUUAAAGUAAACUUAAGUACAAACAUACUUACAAAUUGAAUGUGAAAAUCCAAAAAAGUAGACGUCCUAUUGUGUCGAAAAAUACAAAAUUAUUAACCUCUCAUUUAGUACAAUUUCAGAUUGAAGUAUACUAUUUUUCCGCUUGGCUGCGGCCCAGUGCCAGUUUGGCAUGUCUCCAGAUAGAGACGAGGUUUAGCUGCGUCUCAACGCCUGCCUCAGUUGUUUCUCAGGAUGUCCAGUCAGAUUGUCUAGAGGAGCGGUUCUAAGCUGUUAUAAGCGGUUCUAAGCUGCUAGCCCUCUCAGUGGAGCAUGUUCUAUCUCCUGUGUCUUACAGCACCAGCGUGCUAAGGCAGUGUGUGCUUCUGUCAGGCAUGUACCUUGUGGAUCAAGUGGAUCUAACCACUCAGCUGUCCACUUCCCUCCAGAGUGCCCAGGGUGUGGGUGGAGGAAGCCCCUGCAGUGCGGGCAGAGAGAGGUCAUGUGGGCGGAGGGAUGGUGAGUGUAUGGGUGACGUUACGUUGACUUGUUGACCAUCUUAUUGUCUAAUAUAGAGAUGCUACAGAUCUGAUGGGGCUUUGUAAUUGCACAGUUGUGGUGUUUACAUCUUGCUGUGAGUGUGUGUGUGUGUGUAUGUUUGUGAAGGCUAGUAUGUGUGUGUAUGCACGCGCAUGUGUGUGCAUGUGUUUGCGUGCGAGAGUGCGUGUGAGCCCACCUGAGAAUGUCCGAGUCUUAAUGUCUGGAUGUACAGAUUUAUUUCUGAUGAACCGUGUGACCAGCCAUGCAUGACUGAUAGAGGGAGACCUGCUUACAGAACGACCAAAAACAAUUGUCUAUGCAUGUAUGAGUUUGCAUCUAUAAGCUGUUACCAUUUAUUUGAUCUUUCUUUUUCUACGGACGGUUAUUCCCAAGACACUUAAAGAGAUAGCAUGAUAGACCUGUUAGAAUUAAAUGCACAGAGACUGUAGAGUCCAUUUUAUCGUAGAGACUCCUAUUUGGAAUUCAAGCACUGUACUGUAGUUGAUAGACUAUCGGAUGUCCGAACUCUACAAGCACAAGCACAAUAAGAGUUUAACCAGCCUGUGCUUGUUGAUUUACUAUGUAAAUUCAAACAUUUCUAUAUCCAUACACAUCUAUGUCUUGGAAGGGUCUCGUGUCUGAGUCUGUGUCUCGUGUUCAUAAGAAAGCAACAGUAACCCAUGAAUCCCCUCUAAUCUAUGGGGGCUCUACCAGCAAAAACACAGCUAAAGUCACGACACAACGGGCUGUUGUUGGGGCAAUAAUGCCGGUAUCGCUUACCGGCAAUGUGAUAUUUCUGGCAACAGGGUGUGACACAUCAGCAAAGAAUGACCCGAUCAAGUUUCUUGUUCUUUCAGCUAAAAACUGCUGCAGCAGCUGCAAUACGCCAGCGAGGGGAUGCAAUCUUUGCCCGCCGUGUUACAUGAAGGAAAGGAGAGCCUAAUCUGUGUGAUGUUUAGUUAGUUAAAGGGAUGCCCAACUAUUAAUGCACUGAGAAGACUAUGCAGAGAGAUACUGCUGGACCCUACAGAAAGUCCUGAUUUGAGUCAUUAUGUUUAAAGUGUUUGAUCUGGCACACGGACGUCAUUUGGAGAGUUUCAAACCAACCUAACAUCAGGAAAUGUGUGGUUGGUGGUUUUGUUUUUUUAUUUUAUUAUUGUUUAUUUUUCUCCAGUGUGAAUGCUGUUGGUUUUAUGUGUGUAUUCAUGUCAUGAUCUUUUGACCUUUGCACUCAGUGACACGGAACGGUGUGUAGAAACUAAGUUUCUUUCAGGGUUUAGGUUUAGAAUCGACUGAAUUCUGGGACCCAGCUGCUGAAAGAGAUGACCGGUGUGGUCACAGGAGAGACUUGUUGUAAGAACACAUACGAAUAUAAUAUGCAAUCUGUUGCGUGUAUAUGCAUGUGUGUGUGUGUGUGUGUAUAUCUGAGACAGAUAAUGUGUUCAUAGUUCUUCUACUGGCCUGAAGGUGAAUACGACACAGUGACUUUCACUUCUCUGUACAGUCACUCCCUCACCCCCCGACCCCUCAACCUCUCUCAACCCCCCCCCCCCCUUCUCUCUUUAAACCCCCUCCCUUCCCCAUCGCCAUCCCGACUGGACGGUCAACUUCUAUCGACUUUGGUACUAAUGGACAAUAUUUUUUCUAUGAAAAGAUAUGUGAGGAAAAAUUAUGUACAGUACACACUACCGGGAUUACGAAACAACAAACAACAUCAACAAACAACAACAACAAAGUACCAGACUGCUGUAAGAACGUGAAUCAGUGGGAACUCUGCACUUUACAAGAACAAAAAGACAAUCUGUGGACGGGUAGAAAAAAAAAUCGAACAUCUAAUUAAAAUGCAUAUAACCCCUACAAAUGCUCAUAACCAUGACAAAAAUUAUACCAAUAAUGAAGACAAUAAUUAUUCAGCCAAAA